AUGGUGGAGAUUUCUGAACUGAAUGACGAUCUAAUUGGUCACAUCCUGAAACGGGUCAGCGAGCUGGGUGGUCGGAAACGGUUCUCCCAAGUCUGCAAACAAUGGUUAAAAGUUGAGGGACAAACCAGAACGUCGCUCAAUCUUCUCCGACUCAGUUUUCUCCGUCGGGUACUUCCUCGAUUCCCUAAUCUAGUUUCAUUCCGGACUGGCGGGUCUUUUUUGGAGGAAGCCGACCUCGAAUUCAUAGCCAAAACAUGUCCCAAUCUGGAGACCAUCGAUCUCAACACCGAAGAAUUCGAAUCAAGGUCUUUAUCGACGAACGGCCUUUCGAAACUGUCCAAGGUUUCGGUCAGAGGGAGAUGUCGUGUAGACACUGUGAGGUGGCUACAUAAGUUGGCUCAUGAUAACUUGACUUAUUUAGAUUUGGGGUACUGCUGGUUUGUCGAUGAAACUGCGGCAGAAGCUAUUGGGCAACUGUGCACUUGUUUGAGCUAUUUGAAUUUAAGGUAUUCCAAUGUUUCGGACAAUGGUUUGAGAUUGUUGGCACAUGGAAGCUGCUCAAAAGCCAUUAAGACAUUGGUGCUUGCUAAAUGCUAUCACAUAACUGAUUCGGGGCUGGCGCAUUUGCGGAAUAUGCAAUGCUUGGAAGAGCUGGAUUUGGAAGGCAAUGUUCUCACUGAUACAGGUGUUAUUGCUGCAAUCUCUGGAAAUCAAUCCCUCCAGAAGUUGAACUUGAGUUGGUUGAGGAAUGUGUCGGACCGAAGCAUGGUGUUUGUUGCUGAGAAUUGCCCCAACUUAAAGUUUCUUGAUUUAAGGGGUACUAGGGUAACUGGCGCCGGAAUCCGUGCAUUUUCAGGUCACAUGUGCUUAGAGUCUCUUGUUUUGCGCCUGUGUUAUGCUUUUUCUUGGCGUGAUGUGGAGCACAUGGUGCUUGGAUGCCCGUCACUGAAGUCUUUCGUCCUGAGUGAGAAGAUCAUCAAAAAGCCAAUUCCAGAACGCCUUAGCAAAAUUGUGACCUUGGUGGAUUACAUACUAUAA